AUGAUAAAAUUUCAACGGAGAAAGCGUGUUCUCAGGCAAUAUAUUAUCUCUAUGCAUGCGAGGGACACUGCAGAACAAUCCUUGAGAAAUCCUUAUCGAGUCGUCAAGACAAUCACGGCCUUCCGAAAGAAGCUGGACACCUACAUGUUAUUGCCUCAACUCCGGCCAAAGUUUGUCAUGCCCCCACACUCCGAUUUCAACCGUUUCGAUCGGGCGUUGUUAAGCUCUUCGCUCCAGCCGAUGGCGCCAUGGCCCCACCUACUGUUGAGCGUAGCUUCAGUACACUGCAUCUAUGCAGAGAACUUCACCUUUAAGUCCGAGGAGCAGAUAGCCCAACUUGGUUGGCCGUACCUGCCAGACUACCGGAACCCGAACGGAGCCUGGACGCUCUCGCACAAGGUGGCUUUCUUCCUUCUGUAUUCAGCCUGCUGGCUUGGUGUCACUGCAUCUGUGCACUUUUGCACGGGGCCGAAGCAAAGGAGGAUUCUGCCCAAAGGCCCACCCGACGCAGAGCUCGGGAACCUGACACGGGAAUGUUCAGCUUCGGGACCGCGGCCGCGCUAUCCGGAAAGUCAACUCAUCCACGAGCUGAUCUUGCAAAGAGCUGAAGCAAGAGCUGAGGCCACGGCAUUGAUCGCCCCCUCCCCUGCGAACAUCCAGAUCACGUAUGCGCAGCUGCAAGCAGCAGUUUUGCAGCUUGCAGAGGCCUUGCAGGAUCUGGGCCUCGAGCCGGGGCGCAUUGCUGCGCUCUGCAUGGAGCGAAGCUGUGCUCAGGUUGUGGCAGUCUUAGGGGUCCUUGCCAGCGGUGGGGGCUACUUGCCAAUCGAUGCAGCAGCUCCUGAAAACCGGGUCGCUGUGCUGUUGCAGCACAGCCAGGCAAGGGUGCUCCUUGCCGACUCCGAGCGCUUUAGACCACAAGCGCAGAGCGCUGGCAUCCCUUUGCUUCUCGCCGGCACCGAGGCGUCGUCCUUGUUUUUCAGCCUGGUCGGUGCGAAGCCCACGGCCACAACGAAGGGACCGCAGCAGCGGACACGACCGCCGACCUCAGAAGCUGCCAUGUUGAUCUACACCUCCGGCAGCACAGGGGCACCGAAAGGCAUCAUCUACGACCAUCGGCAUCUCCUUCACGGGGCAUGGUUCUGGGCGGAAGAGCACGGGGUUACAGAGCGCACAGUGCAGCUGUUGAAGUCGCCUUACUUUUGGGCAGUCAUGGAGUGGGAGUUCUUUCCGGCAUUGCUCCGGGGCGGCUCUCUCGUUGUUGCCAGUAGCGAUGGACACAAGAGCCCAGACUACAUGGCCCGGGUGGUCCAUCAGCACAGCGUGAGCGUCUUGAUGAUCACUCCAUCGGUUCUUGACCUUCUCCUCGAUGUACAUCAGCUUCAUGCGAAGGAUCGGCUACUCAGCUCCCUCCAGCACAUCACCACUGUGGGUGAGCCAUUGCCCACAGCUUUGGCCAACCGUGCAGUCUCUAUGCCACACCUCAAAGCCACAAUCCGCAACUUCUACGGAGCGUCAGAGAGCUCCUGCACCAUCUACAAGGUACCAGCAGAGGGCGUGGACGAGCAGCUCUUUCCCAGCAGAGUGCCAGCUGGGCUCCCUCAACCAUACGCAGACGUGUACCUGAUGGCAGUGGACGAGAGGCCCCUGCGAUCGGCGGCGCCCAAUACGCCUGGGGAGAUCUGCUUCGGAGGCAUAUUGGCUUCCGGAUAUUUGCACCUCCCUGAGCUGAACAAAGAAAAGUUUGUCGACACGGAGUACGGCCGCCUCUAUGCAACUGGAGAUCUGGGUCGUUGGACCCAGGGAGUCCUGGAAGUGAUUGGCCGCAUUGAUCGCCAGCUCAAGGUGAAUGGCGUCCGCAUCGAACCGGAGGAGGUGGAAUCCGCCAUCUUGAAGUUCACCCAGCCGCGCUCGGGGAGUCCCAAGAAGGUGCCUUUGGGCAAGUGGCAGAGUGGCGAUGAAGAGAUGCAGUCUCUGCGCAACAACCCGCUCCUUGAUGAGCAGCUUUGGGCUGUAGCCCGCACUGCGGUUGUGGCCACAAACUCCCCACAACAGCUGGUCGCCUUCGUGUCCCCACGCGAGGGCGUGGAGCUUCAGACUGACGACCUGCACAGGCAUUGCAAGGCUACGCUGGCCCCGGCGUAUCUUCCAAAGCACAUCGUGGUAUUGGAGACAGGCCUGCCAUCUCUGCCGAAUGGCAAGAUCAACUUUGCCGAGCUGAAAGCCAUGGCCGAAGAGCACGUGCUGGAGGCUUCUCAGACUGUUCUCGACUCCCUGGGACAGAUGAGGUCCAUGUCGAAGUGGGCAAUCCUGGAAAAUGCUGUGAUCCAUCGUUGCUACGCUUUUUGGAUGGUAGGGGUUCUCCUGGACCAUUAUGCACUCUGCGCCAUGACCACCGACCCGAACGACAAGUCGCAGAUGGAGUCCUUGGCGUUCUGCACUACACUGGCUUCGUCGCGGGUGGCUCCAUGGUCUGAGGCCAUCAUCCGAUCUAUUGGGAACGAUCAGGAUCUCUUCGGCUUCAUCAUGCUUGGGGCGUACCAGGACUCCAGACCUCAAAGUAUGGGGCAACGAAAGCGCUUGCGGCUUUCCUGGAUGGACCUCUACAUCUUGGGCAUCUACCUCUUUAUCGCCCUCCCCCUGCCACAAUUGUGCUGCUGGCUCACUCGCGGCUUCGUUUAUCCCACGAAGACGUGGCAAGCUUAUGCUUCCGAAGUCAAGACCACUGGCUGGGACCAGGCAUACAUGGAGUGGGCCGAUGUCACCUCCGGGCACCGAUGGUAUCUUUUGAUGGUGGUGCAGGCCAAGGUCUAUGUCGUUCUCUGCGACCUUGUCUGCAUCCCACCUUGGGUGCAAGUGGGGCUUGCUGCCUGGUGGAGCUAUGCAGGCCCGGUCUUUGGAGGAAACAUCUGCACAAGCGGAUUGCAGCCAGUCGCCAAGUUUUUCGUUACCUGGCUGCUGGAUGGCUGCUGGAUCUGGAUUCGGUGGGUGGAGUGGUACGCCACGUUCUACGUGUUUUGCUUCCACUACCUCCGCCCCAUCGUCUCGCGGCUUUCUCGGCAGCUCCCUCGAAGUCCGACUUGGGCUGCGGCGGCCACAGCAGGGAGCAUGAUACUGGGUAUGUUUAUGGCUUUAUUUCACUACCCCAACGUCAUGCUGGAGAGUGGAUCCGAUACCAACUGGUUCGUAGUUGAGCUGUUGGCCACAACAUUGCAGCCAGCUCUCUUUGCACUGGGUACAGCGUAUUGGCCAGUCAAUGCCACAUGGUGGGGCAACACAACGCUCGGUUGCUACGUCGUUCACUUCUUAUUCCGGGAUCGCAUGACGGAGCUGUUCCAAGGCUUGGUUGGCCUCUUGAGCUGGGACGCCACAGGCCUGUUGCUUCCAGUUUCGAUCUUGCUGGCAUGCGUGGCAUUCACAAGCACAAUCGGCCCGGUGGGUCACUACAUCCUCAUCCUUCCCCAACUGAGCUGGGCCCGCCUGAAGCGAUGCUACAUGUCUCAGAGCAAGCGGGCACUUCACAUGUGCUAA